CGGACGGCAGGCGCAGACCGACGGAAGUGCCGGAGCUGUGACGCAGGGGUUGGGCAGGCUUCCACGAUGGAGGCAGGGUGAGCGCGAGUCAAGUUUGUUUCGUUUGUCAGCCAACGGGCGGCACACGUCGGUCCGUCAACAGCAACGUACCAGCUUCCAUGCACCAGCAGUGACGUCACAACCGCGGCGUAAGCAACAGGUCGAUUCCGUCACUCUCCAAAAUACGUCAGAGGUGUUCUCCCGCGCAUCUUUCGGUAUUAGCGUGCGGUGAUAUCAACUCGCGAACGAGCAAGCAACUCAGCUGGAAUACGUGCAACAGAUACAUUGGUUUGCGUUAGCGAGUGUAAUUUUUGUGGAAGUGUGUCAACAAAGUCGUGACGGACGUGUGAAAUUUUACUGUUACAAGUGAUUUGUGUGGAAGAAGAUAAUUCCUAGGGCAACAUCGUGUUAAUAUUCUCUGGAAAACAGAAGCAGGUUGUUAGGAAGAUUGUGUUUUUCGGCGCUAAGGAUUCGGAGAAGGAAAAUGACCGCCUCUUCAGCAGCUUUGUGGGUCUUUCUGCUCUUCAUUUUUCACCAGCUGAACACAGGUGUGUGCCAACAUGGGCUGCCAGGCAACCAGACGCCUCGGGUGCUGCGGGUGGACCGCAACUGGAACGUGCUCGCCUGGAUGCCCCCGGGCAGCCUGGUGACGUAUGCAACCGUCGACAGAAACGACGACCACCAGCUGGUCUUCCUGCUGGAGAAGCGCAUGCCUGACGACCCACCGCUGCCGUUCACCAUCGACAACGCCACCGGCGUCAUCUACACCAACGACACGCUCAAGGACUUGGUGGGGAAACCGCUGUACCUGUACGUGAAGGUGGACGACCCGUCGAGCCCGAUCAGCCUCAAGACGGAGGUGCGGGUUCGCGUCCUGAACGACACGUCGUCGGCCGGCGGCGCCAGCGACCUCCCCCGCUACCCCCCCGGGCUGCUGCAGCCACACUACCUGCCGGCGCCGCCCACGCUGCUGCCGCGCCCGGGUUCUGCGCCGGGCCCUGGACCCGGCACGGGGGCAGGGGUGGGGAUGGGGCUCGCCUUCAGCCGCAGGCCGCCCACCGCUACGCCCAACUACAGGACCACCAACACGACGACGUCGACGACGACAUCGACGCCGUCGCCUCCGGAGCCAUCGCCUUCGCCACCGUCACCGCUGCCGCCAGAUCUCAAUCCAGGUGGUACCGGCUCCGGAGGCGUGAGCGACAGCAGCAACAGCAGCAGCACGACCGCAUCCGCGGCCACGCCGCACCCCGUGCCCAGGGGCUCCUCCGCCGCCGCCACCGCCCCCGCGUCCACCCAAGUUCCGCCGGGCAGCGCGGCGCCGCCGUCCGACAUCGCCACCACGUUGGUACCCGUGACGUCAGUGCUCGCCCUCUUUGUGUUCGCUGGCGCCGCCUACGUGCUGCGCAAGCGAUACUGUGCACCGAGACCCAAGGGCAAGGACGACAUGAGGAAAGAGGUGUCUGUUUCUGGAGCGCCGCUGGAGGAACCCAUGGCACUCGGCCACUGGAGGGGACCACGAGCCCACAGCAACCGCUAUGAGGGUCGCGAAGGCGAGGAACCACACCCCACGACACAGCUGUCCAACGCUAAACCUGCUGACCGCUGGGAGUUUCCACGCCAUCGCCUGAAGGUGUUCAACAUCCUCGGAGAGGGCUGCUUUGGGCAGGUGUGGCGCUGUGAGGCUCUGGACAUUGAUGGUCGUGAAGGCCCCACUGUGGUGGCAGUGAAGACGCUGAAGGAGAACGCGACGGAGAAGGAACGAGCGGACCUGGUCCAGGAGCUGCAGGUGAUGAAGAUGCUGGAGCCACACCCUAACGUCGUGCGGCUGCUCGGCUGCUGCACGGAGAAAGACCCGCUGUUCGUCAUCAUGGAGUACGUGGCGCUGGGGAAGCUGCAGAGCUUCCUGCGCAGCUCCCGCGCCGAGCGCCACUACGGCAACCUGCACGGGCCCUCCAAGGCACUCACGUCGCGCGACCUGACCUCCUUCGUCUAUCAGGUCGCCAGGGGCAUGGAGUUCCUCUCCUUCAAAGGGAUAAUCCAUCGGGACCUGGCUGCUCGAAACGUCCUGAUAGGCGAGGACCACGUGUGCAAAGUGGCGGAUUUCGGCUUCGCGCGCGACAUCAUGUCGAGCCACGUGUACGAGCGCAAGUCGGAGGGCCGGCUGCCGAUCCGGUGGAUGGCGCCCGAGUCGCUGUACGACAACAUCUUCUCGGUGAAGUCGGACGUGUGGAGCUUCGGCGUGCUCAUCUGGGAGGUGGUGACGCUGGGCUCGACGCCGUACCCCGGCAUGGCGGCCGCCGAGGUGAUGCGGCGCGUGCGCGACGGCUAUCGCCUCGACCGGCCGGAGCACUGCCGGCGCGAGCUGUACAACAUCAUGUACUACUGCUGGGACAAGAACCCCAAGGAGCGGCCCGGCUUCGGCGAGCUGGUCGCCAUGCUGGAGCCGCUGCUGCUCGCCGAGACCGACUACAUCGAGCUGGAGCGCUUCCCCGACCACUCCUACUACAACAUGGUCAGCCUCAGCGACGAGAAGCUGUGACGUCAGGGCGGCGGCCGGAGACGGCCGCGAGGCGACGGCGACGGUGGCGGCGAAGGCGGCGGCGGCGGCGACGGCGACGACGACGACGACGACGACGACGACACCGCAGUCGACAGCUGGUCCUGCUGAGAGCUGCUCCUGUAGGUGCGGCCCUCGGGGCCAUCAAACAGCAGCUCCCGCACGUUCCUCGAGCAGUAACAGACCUUGUCCAGUGCAAAUAUGGCAACUCUGCUCAUGCAGACGCAGCUGCAGGCACUGGUUCAAGAAAUUUUCUGGGUUAUCAUACAGUGGCCAUCAUAGUGCAAUAUUCUCCUUUUCCCAAGAAGCCACUUAUCCAAGAUGACGCUAGGCAGAGGGAUUCUUCUCAGCAUCCAUCGAGAAGAAAGUUCGUGUUCGCCUGCCGAUAUAAACUCUAUCAUAAAUAUAUCUGAAGAGUCAACACCUUGUUUUGGAGAGACCUUUCAAAUGAUUACUAAGAUGUUCUUUAUUCCUCACUACACACGAUAUCCACGAGAUUUAUAAAACUGAAAUGAGGAAUUUCAGCAUUUAAUAGGUUACAAAAACUAAGUACUUCGCUUCCCUGUUGAUCCUCUUAACUUUGUUUACUCCCCAGAUACUGAAACUACUUUCCUUGAUGAAUGAUUUAUCCAUUAUAUAUCUACAUAAAAGAGAAGUACUCGUAUAAAAAUCAUCAAACGUGCAAUAACAUGUUCUCAUAAAACAGCCAGGAAAUACUCUCUGAGCACAAAUACAUACUUUGUCUUGUUAUCAGUGAUUAGGCAGUGAAUGUAAUAUUGCCCUUAUUGCUGUACCUCCUGACUAGCCCAUAUACCAGUUACUUCUCCUUAGCACAUAACAGAAAAAAUUGUUGAGUGGUGUUUUUUUUAUCUGCAAUCUUUUGAAUCCUAGUGAUAAAAGCAGUACACUGGCAAAAAAUGAAAACGCAUAUUUUUCUUCUCUGUCUUGGUAGACAAAAGCACUAAUGCUAACCUACACCGAACUAUACAAAAUUAGUGUACAAACUAUUGUCAGCGAAAAAAACAUUUAAAAAACACAUUAAGAAUAUAAAAAGUUACUAGAUCACAGUCUAUGUGAUACCCUGCACAGCACAAUAAAAUUAUUCAUUGGUAGCUAGUUUACUGUGCCAUCACCAGUUGCUAUAUAGUGUGAUCUCAAAUACCUUUCUCCACUCCAUUCAUAUCAACAUUUUAUUAUAUUUAUGUAACACACAUUUAGUUCAUCAAAGACUAUGCAUCACAUUUUCAUCAGGUAGAAGCAGUUUAUCUACUAUCGCAGCUUUUUCUGCAGUAGAGUUUCUCUCACCUUGCAAUUUGUCAGCUAGCAGCAGUGUAGAAAUCUUUAUAAUUUUUGCAUGCACUCUGUUCUAAGCUUGAAACACUGGUAUUUUUUUUGUUUUUUUUUGCAUGUAUGAAGUUAUAUAUGAAAUUUUGCUAUUUACAUGCUUUAGCCCAACUUACUCAAUUGCUUUCAUGAAGUUAUUUUUACAUAAAGUACUUCAAAUCUGACCAAGUCAUAUUUGUCAGCCCUUAAAGCGACAAUUUAUCUUUUCAUGCAGCUAGUAGAGAAGCUAGAAACAUUGGAUGCACUAUUUAGUCCCCAUCUGAUAGUGAAAACUAAGAGCUUGUAUCUUCACUUGCAACUUACACAGUAUGCAGAACACUGUAACAAUCCUUUCUUCAUUUAUAUGUUACCCGACUGUGCUUUUGGUAUAUUCCACACUGUGGUAAGGGCCGGAAGUGGGCAGCUUCAAAGUUGUUUUCAAUUAAAACUCUAUUUCUGACGAAACAUUCCUCAUAACACAUUCCUUCUCUAGAUGCUAUUAGAAACAGAACUGUCUAUAAAUUGAUGUUGAGGGACUUUUUAAUCAUUCACGGGUAAAUUUGGGUCUAAAAAUAAAUUCUACCCGAACUGAUGAACGCCAGUUAUAGUGUAAAGAGAGUGAUAAGGAUGGGCUAACAUUUUAGUUAUGUUUGUUGCUAUAUUACUGAAGUGUACUCAAGAAGUCCCCUUUCUCAGUUCGAAUGCUGAUGAAGUAAAUGGGAAUUCCACAAAAAAUUGAAAGUGACUAUGUAUCAUGGUGAUGCUGAAUUACUAAAGACAGAACCAAACAUGAAAGACUGUUAAUUAUGUAGUACAACCAUACUUACUAGGUCUUUUAAUAAACCUCAUUUAGAUUUAAGUUGUUAUAAAAUAUAAGCUUUAUGUGUGACUGAUAUUGUACAGGUUGAAAUAAUGGCUUGUGAAAUCCUGCAUUUAACUUUGCAGUUACUUCAUGAGUGUUUAUUUGUACAGACAACAUCUUAUUUAUUUUGUUGAAUCUGUUGUGUAUAAAAGGUAAGGUCACUGUGAUAAAAUGUAAAAAACUGUUUUUCCAUUUUGAUAAUUAUGUUGUAAUAUUCACAAGUGUUUUCUAAUAAAUUGCAGCAGUUUGAAGUAAUUAAAAUUUUAAUGCUCACGACUA